AUGAAGACAAACAUCUUGUCGUUUGUUGUGCAGGUGUCGGAGAGGGAGACGAUCAGCCAGUCAGCAGACAGUCCAGCGACUGAUGUGGCCGUCAGCAGCUCUCAUAAUGGUCCUCUAACCAGCGGUACAAUCCUCACAGACACACAGGACACUAGUCCACAGCCGUCAGAGGACAUGCUCUCCAGCCAAUCAGAGCUCAGGUCCUCCAAGUGUCCUCAGGACCGUGAGCUUCCCAGCAUUCCUCCCAACAACGCCCUUAUUGGGGACGGACCCCCAGCCUCAGGGGACAGCACCUAUGAGGUGGUGAAAGAGAUUGCUGUGGCGUCACGUGACGUCAGCGUCGAAGACUCCCUGUACGAGACGGUUAAGGAACUCAAAGACCCCCCAGCGCAGCUAGGCCUCCCCAACGGUACCGUCCAGCUGAGCUCCGAUGAACCUCACCAUCAUCCCUCUGCCCAUCUCAACGGCCACCUUAGCCCCUCCACACCUGAGCGGGGGCCCCUGUGCACAGGGGUGGAGUACGCCUCCAUUGACCUGAAUAAGAAGAGCCGUCACAGUGCGGACAUGGAGGCCAAAAGGCGCUCUGAUAAUGCCAGCGCUCCCUCCCACAGGCCUCUGGAGGAGCCAGAGGACUUACCUCCGCCGGUACCAGAGAAGGUUCUGGAUGAAAAUGACAACCAGCCUGUGGUGAUGAAUGGGCUGGCAGGGGCUGGGCUGCACAAUGGGGAGGUAAGAAUAGUGUGUGUGUGUGUGUGUGUGUGUGUAUAGUCAAGUCAAGUCAGC